UUUCUAAAAGUCCUUUUUUUUUACAUUCCAGCAUGGCUUCUGAAAUGUCAAAAAAUAAAAACAAACACAAAAAAAUAAAAAUUAUAGAUGAAGGAAGAGUGUUCCAAGAAAAGUGAACAGAUGAAUACUUUUUUGUUGAGUCCAAUAGUAAGGCAAUCUGCUUAAUUUGCAAAGAAUUAGUGCCAGUUUUCAAAGACUACAAUUUGAAAAGGCAUUACAUGACAAGACAUGCUGAGAAAUUUGCUGUGUAUGAAGGAAUGUGUCGUAAAGACAAAAUCGCUGAACUGAAAAAAAAUCUAUCAUCUCAACAAAAUUAUUUAAAAAAAGUAUUGAUUUAAUCAGAUGCUAUUGUCAAAGCCAGUUAUGUGGUUGCAAACCUGAUAGCCAAAAAAUCAAAACCGUAUUGCGAUGGUGAGUUUAUUAAGGAAUGCAUGGAAACCGUGGCUGAUAUAAUUUGCCCGGAUAAAAAAGGGGACUUUUCAAAAAUCAGUUUGUCUCACCAGACUGUAGCCAGGCGAAUUGAAGAUAUAAGAAAAUCCAUCGAAAAAGUUGUGAAGAGUAGAGCUGCUCAUUUUAAAUUUUAUGCUAUGGCGAUAGACGAAAGUACAGAUGCUACAGAUACAGCUCAAUUGGCAAUUUUUAUUAGAGGCAUUGAUGACAAAUAUAAUAUCAUUGAAGAAAUGGCUGCUUUAGUUCCACUGAAAGACACAACUAAAGCAAGAGAUUUAUAUGAAGCUGUGAAAAAUACAUUACAGCGAUUUUCUUUGUCAUUUGCUAACAUAUCUGGCAUAGCUACUGAUGGUGCCCCUGCAAUGAUAGGUAACAGAGAUGGACUUGUAAAACUGAUAGAAGAUGAUGCAAUUGCCUCCCAAAAUUUCAGUAUGAUGAAAUAUCACUGCAUAGUACACCAAGAAAAUUUAUGUGCAAAAGCUUUAAAGAUGGCUAACGUCAUGCAGAUUGUCAUCAAGGCUGUAAAUUUCAUAAGGUCCAAGGGAUUGAAUCAUCGCCAAUUCCAGGAAUUCCUAAAAUUUAUGGAUGCUGAGUAUGGGGACAUCAUUUACUUUUCUGAAGUAAGAUGGUUAAGUCGAGGGAAAAUGCUGGCAAGAUUUUAUGAUCUGAGAAAUGAAAUCAAGUCAUUUAUGGAAUCUAAAACAAAAUGUGUGCCAGAACUUGACGAUGAAAACUGGCUCACAGAUUUGGCAUUUUUAGUCGACUUGACCACUCAUUUAAAUGAGUUAAACAUGCGUCUUCAAGGUGAAAAACCAAUUGAUCAGCACAAUGUUUCAAACUAUAACAGCGUUCGAAAUGAAACUGAAACUAUGGCAUUCUCAAAUGAAGGCAAAAAAUUUGAUGCAUUUUAGCACAUUGGCUAAACACGCCUCUGUGAACACGGAAAAAUAUGCAGCCUUGCUUUUCAAUUUGGUACAGGAAUUUGAGAACAGGUUUCAAGAUUUUAGAAAAAAUCAGCCAUCUUUUCUGAUGUUUGCAACUCCAUUUUCAGUGGACAUUAAUAUAUUACCUGCCAAUUUGCAAAUGGAAUGCAUAGAGCUCCAAUCUGACAUUCAACUGAAAGAAAAAUUUGACCAUGUCUCUUUAAUGGACUUCUAUAAGAUAUAUGUUCCCAGAGAAAAAUAUCCUUCACUUCACAAUCAUGCCUUAUUCAUGUAAUCGCUAUUUGGAAGCACGUACAUUUGUGAGCAGCUAUUUUCAAGGAUGAAGCACACAAAGAAUAAAACUAGAACCAAAAUAUCUGAUGAGCACCUUGAGCACUCACUGAGAAUUGCAACAAGUUCCAUCGAAGCAAAUAUGGAUGCAUUGGUGGCUGAGAAACAAUGUCAAACAUCUCACUAACUUCAUUUCCAAGAUAAUCCAGACCGGAGCGAAACCCUACAUCUGCCCAGAAUACUGCAAGAGUUUUGCCAACCAGUCCGAUCUCGCCAAACACAAAGUCAUUCACACCGAAGAGAAACCCUUCCUGUGUAUGGAGUGCGGCAAGUUCUUCACCAGGAAAGGAAGUCUCAUUAAACACCGAGAGAGGAGUCAUGAAAAGGGGAAAAUGUUUCUAUAGCUCCGUUCUGUUAUACAGUAGUGUUCAUUUUAUCAGACUGCAACUCAGAAAGAAGCCCCUUUGUGUAAGAAAAUUCAUCGUUAAUAUGGGAAAAAGGACAUUUGUGAUUUUGUGGUAGUUUGAAAAAUAGAUAAAAUAUACUAUUAAUACAUUUUAGUAAUGGUCUUUUAUAUAGAAAGUUGUACAAUCAUUUUGACUCUAGGCGUUGUCUGUGUGCCAUAGUUCUGAGACUGGUAUGCGGUUAGCAUCCGGGCGCUGUGGAUGCCGGCGGACAGAUGACAGAUGCCGGAAUCCCAACACCACUCGGAAUCUCGGCGCCAGAACCCCAACCAAUGGCAUCCUGAAAGUAUCGGGUGAGGGUUAGGAUACGGGGGAGAGGGUGGUUACCCACAAGAGGGAAUGUUAGCUUAGAUGCUACCCAUUGUGUCCUUAACCCUAUUGGCCAUCCCCUGGGAGUAUCUGAAGCCGCCACCCCCUGUGUCCUUAGCCGCCACCCUAUCCGUUAGGGUAGGGGGCAGGGAAGGGGUAAAUUAUUUACCCCGUCCCCUUUCUGCAUUCGAAAAGUUGGGAUGCUGUGAUGGGUCAUGUGACCACCGUCAUCCCGACAUUCGGUAACGGGUAUCACACUUUCUGAGACCUAAGGUCCGGUGGUUUACAGUACAAAGGGUGGAUGUAUCAAGCAGUAAAAAGACUUGAGAGGUGGACCAGUGGUUGCCGAUAGCUACAAAUCAGCUUUGAGGUAGCGUUUGUCAAGAACAUUCUAUAAAAUGAUAGGCAGAAGCUGAUGGUUGAAAUGGGCAACUUUUCCGCUCCUCCACUUUUCCACUCUUUUCACUAUUCGAUACAUCAACUCCAAAGUGACGUACGGGGGGACCCCAAAAACAGGUUGUUGGGGAGUACUGUGAUUUUGGAUGUGUAUAUAUAGAAAACCAUUAUCGUUCCAGUCAUCUGUUAUGUAUAAAGUGAAACUUAUAGGGUAGCAGCUUUGGUGCUAGUUUUCAUACCUAAACUAAUGUAUACAAUUAUGUAAAAUAUAUAAAUGUACUUU